AUGGCAGGUGCCACUCGACCUGAAAACUCACAGUGGUUGACAGAAGGGAAAGCCCGAAUAGCGGAAUCGGGGCACCCACACUCUUGGCAUCAGACAACCUCUUAUUUCACUGGUAGACUGCGACCAGGUUGGCUCUACUGUGUGGCCGCCAAUGCUGCUGGCCGGGCGAUAUCUUCUCCUUCAAAAGUUUUAUUUGCUCAAAUUGACGAACCAAAGGCUUGUGAAACUCAGACGUUGAUUUUAAGGGAACAAUCACAUCUGAGAAUAAACUGCUCUGUUCCCGAAAGCAUUCCUCCAGCCACCGUUCGAUGGAUGCAGCGUCACACGGAUGGUCAAAUGGAGUUUAUUCACGAAAAUCGCACACUUGCCGUGGAUGAUGAUGGUAAUCUUCUGGUCGCAGCAAGCGGCAUCGCCAACUCAACCACUCUGACGCUAUUCUGUUCUGCGAGUAACUCACUCCUUCGGACAAUGAGAACUGGCUGUGAAAACGUCCUCCACGUAAGGCUAAGCACGCGUUUCCAGAAGGCAGCUGGCCCCAUUCUAAUGGCUAGCUCACCACCCACACAGACACGACUUCUGAACGAGACAGCUGAAUUCCGAUGCCUCAUUUCCUCCUUCCCUGGAACUGAGCUCCGGUGGUACUGGAAAUCUGCCAACUUUGAAUCUGCUCUCGAGUUGGGUCAGGGAGAAAAGAGCACGAAUUACAAAGAAGUAUUUCCAAAUGAUUUACGAGUCGAGUUGAAAAACGAAGGAACACUCCUAAUCAUACCUCGAGUUACUUUUGAGCACGCUGGACUCUAUUCUUGCAAGACAGUUAACAAACCGGGAGUUAACUCAAUGAUCGUAUCUGCCUCAUUCAAAUUAAACGUCGACUCUAUUCCGCAGUUUAAAGUAAGGCCAGUUGACACUACCGUGGCCAUUGGAGGCUCAGCUGAGCUACGCUGCGAACCAUGGGAGACGGGUGGCUCGAAAGUGAACGUCUCGUGGCUGAUGAACGGACAACCCAUCAGCAGGUAUCUCGAUGGAGUAAAGAAGAGGCGAUCCGGCAACGACCUUCUUUUUCGUGACUUGGACAUGACGGACAGCGCAGUCUUUCAAUGCAACAUAAGCAACCGAUAUGGCUUUCAGUUAACCAAUGCCUACAUCAAUGUCUGGAACUCCCCACCGGCAAUACUUCGGGGUCCUUCGGAAGAAACAACCGUGGCUGAGGGGCAAAAUGUGAUUUUGCAUUGCCAAGUUGUGAACAUUCCUUCUCCCAGAGUUUACUGGACUAAGGAAGGAAGCGAAGCAGUGUCUGAUGAUACCGGAAGCGAUUUUGGGCGAAGAAAACUACUUACUGAUGGCAGCCUUGAAAUCACAAAGGCGACUUUGGCCGAUGCCGGGGUCUACAAGUGUGUCGUGGCAAACCGAUUUGGCAGCUCCUCGGCAUCUGGACGCCUUGUAAUCAGACAGGCAACGCGAGUGAUUUCAGGUCCUUUGUGGAUUGGCACCCAUCCUCUGCAAAAGACAACGGGAGAUGGAAAAAUUACCGCGACCGUCGGGGUGGAAUUAUCACUUUCAUGUCGAGCUGUGACAGAUGCGAUGGAGGUUUCAAAUUUACAAAUCAAAUGGCGGUGGUUGGGUUUGCCUAAAUUUGGAGAGUAUCAAGAUUAUGGUGGUUCGGAUGUACUUACUGUCUAUUCGGACCUUCCACCUGAUACGCUUCGCGGAGUUCAACGAAUGGUCGGUGGGAAUGCGGUUGAGUCCUCCCUCACCAUACCAAAGGCGCUUCCUUCCCACUCAGGAACCUAUCAGUGCCUUGCGCUAAGUGCACUCGAUAACGACUCCCAAACUGUUGAUGUCAUCAUCAAAGGACCUCCUGAUCCACCUGCUUCCACUACUCUUGACUGUACACUGACACCUAAGAAGAGAACUACUGUACUCUCCUGGACGCCUGGUUGCGACAACAACGCCCCCCUUAGCGACGUCCAAAUUGAAUACGUCGUGGGGUUUUAUCGUCCUCUUGGCAAUGGUCAGCCAUUAGCAACUCCUUCCUUCACUUCCCACAACACAGCAGCUAUCUUUCAAGCUCUCAGCACGAAUCUCCGCAGAAAAGAGUGGAGAACUAUGAAUCAUAGUUUGACGGUAGUUCAUCCACAUGAUGGCGAUGUUGCGCUGGUCAAUUUAACUCGGGGUUUGGCAGUAGUCCCCAUUCAUCCUGAUGUCGCUUAUCAAUUUCGUAUAAGAUUGGUGAACAGCAUUGGGAUCUCACUACCAGGACCCACAGCACCAGGACCAGACGAGGAGAAGCAGAAGCGCUGUUUGCUUAAACCACAACCACCAAAUGUAAGACCAGAGGAGCUACAUGUCUACGGAAACGUACCAAACACUGUGACUGCUGUAUGGAAGCCAAUCGCUCCGAUUCACCACAAUGGCCCAGGCUUGAGGUACCACUUACUGAUAAGAUGCCUCAAUUGCGACCACGGCGUUUACUACAAUGGUCUAGUAAACGAGACCGUUGUAUCCAACUGGAAUCAGAGCCGAUUUGUAUUUACAACCAUCCCUGUCUCCGACACCCUCGGUCAACAUCAGUGGCCUGUCGAAAUAUUUAAGCAGUAUACGGUAAGUAUAACCACCUCAAACGCACUGGGUUUCAGCAAAGCAGGGAGCUUGAUUUCCACAGGAUGGUCGGCGGAAGCCCCGCCCUCAAUAGCCCCGCACCGACUGCGAGCAAUCCGCAUUGGGGCUUCGUCGGCGGAGCUUGAGUGGGAGUGGCCAACAGAGAAUUCAAAGGGGCUUAACGGAUUUUUCGUCGGUCUUCGCAUUGAAUGGUGCCUUGCUGAGAAACAGCACAUGUGCGAUCGAUAUAAAGUCGUUGAGGACUUGGUGCUUGUCGAUCCGCCCAAGGAGCUUCACCCCAGCCUGCGGACUGGCCCUGCCAGGUCAAAAUCCAGGAGCCAUUACGCAAACUCCCUUUUAGCAGGUCAAACCGAAAGCCAAAAUCCAGCAUCUACACCAGGAGCAUUCCCUCAGCAUAGACGUGCCGUUCUUCGGGAUUUGCCCGGUCUAAGCCAUCUCCAUGUGUGGAUUCGCCUUUUGAAUAUCCAAUACGAGGGUCCUAGCAGUGAAAUUCUCCACAUUCAUACAAAGGAGGGUGUUCCGGGAGCAGUGGGCGAAUUUACGCAUUCUUUUUCAGGAGUCGACUACGUUGAAGUUGCGUGGGCCAAACCCCUCCAUACCAAUGGUAUUCUCACGGGCUACGUCAUCGACGUCCUUCCAGGAACUGACGAGGACGAUUCCAAAGAGACUGGUGGUAAUAGUCAACUGUACCAAACGACGAUUUCUGAUCCCGAUCAGAUGGCAGCUCGCAUUUCAGGGCUGGAGAUUAACUCAUCCUACAAACUGGUAAUCAGUGCCCUAACCGCUGUUGGUGCAGGCAAAUCACGGGAACUGAAAGUCCACACGGCGAAACAAAUACUAAAAUUCGGGGUGUCUCCUAUAUAUGGCUCAACCAAUUUACUAAACGUCAGCCUCGUCCAAUCGACCGAUUCAUUGUACAGGCGGAGCGAUGAAAAUCAGCACCUAGCGAUACAGCGAGACGACACGCUCACCGAUGUCGAACAAUCAUCAGUCAGUGGGACCAGGAUCGGAUUCUGGGCUUUUCUGGUUCAGUUCAAAAAACUACAGGAUGAACAUUGGGAAGAGACAGAAAAGGAACUGACCAAAGACUGGCAAAUAAUUAGCAACCUGGUUCCGGGUGAGGAAUACGAUAUGCGGAUUGUACUAGCGACGAGCUCCUCCAUUUCAUACGUCAGUCCGAUUCGCAUCUUGCGAGUCCCACGGCCCGAGGAAUUUGGUUUUGGCCAUUACGGAGACGUGCACGCCAUCCUGCGGGACCCCUCUCCUUUUCCUGCAGGUGAUGGAGCCUCAUUUAGCGACCUGUCUUUUAUUCUCAAAAUUUUUGUUCCUAUUUCCAUUAUCAUCUUGAUACUGGCACUUGUCUUGGUCGCCGCUUUUUGUCUCAGAGGCCCAUUUGCACGAGGGUUCAGUCACGGAGGAAUGCAUCUCAUAAGUAACCUGACUCAAGCUACACCGACGGAGAAUUCAGUUUUGGGGGAGACGUGUGAAGCCUUUAAAGGGUCUCGGAAAGCCGAAAACGGUUCUUCUAAAGGGUGGUUUGACAAUGACGGCGCAAUGGCCCAGCAUGACCUCCCAGGCCAGGAUCACUCACAGCACCCCAACUCAACCUUUGCACCUACUCGUUGUCUUUCUCCGUCUUUCACGUUGGUACCACCGAUGGUGACCACGGCCUGGCAACGACCCGGGACUCAAGGCAAUUCUUCAAUCCUGAUCAGAAAUCAUGAAAUUUCAAGUGAAAAAUUUAAGAUGCAAAAAGAUCUGUGA